CAACAACAAUAUGUGUAUGGCCUCUCGAUUCGGUUAUCAUUCCAUCUUCUCCUAUACAUCGGUAUACGGACAGUUCCAUUUUACACAUGGAGCUUAUGAUAGCCGUCUCUGCCUCCAUGAUUAACUUACCUAGUUUGGUUUCAUGGACUACUCCUUUACCAGGACUUAGGGCAGAACAGCGAAUCUGGCGAGAAAUCUGGUGAUGACGGGUCCUUCAUCAUCAACAACACUUUCGAUGAGCAUGUACAGAGUUACCGCUUCACGAGGGCUGCUGCAUCACUCGAUACGAAACUCCGGACGAUUCGGUACCGUGCCAAACACGGCUCCCCUCAACACAACUCCGAGGAAGCCUUUCUGAGGCAUCCCACUUCUUACCGAUGAUGGAGUACAGCGUUACGAGGGGAGGUAGGUUUGAUGGAGACUCGGAGCUGCUGCUGCGGCCACGGCAUUUGUCUGUCUCACCAUGGACCUGCUUUUAGCUACAGAGACUGUGCUUGAAGAGUAGGAGGAAGAAGAUAUCAUCUCUACUGUCUCUGUCCCCUCCCACAUAUAUGAUUGAUCUGCAGGUUACCCACUCGGAGAUCUUCUUCAGCACAUAGUACUGACACAUCAUGGCGACGAAUCCAUCUUCUUCGGGCCUGGACGUUCUCAUCCUCGGCGGUGGUAUCGCUGGACUGACCACCGCUCUAGCACUGACCAAGUACGCACCGAAAGACCAGGUCCCGCGCAUUCGCAUCUUCGAGAUUCGUCCCGAGCCAGCGACCAUCGGAGGAGCGGUCAACCUCACGCCCAAUGCCCUCCGCAUGCUCGAUCACCUGGGUGCGCUCCCCAUCAUCCGCGAACGCAACUAUGGCCGAGACAUCGACGUGCUCGAAAUCUUCGACGUCUAUUCGGGCAAGAUUGCAGAGUCCAGUUUCCGUGGACCAGACGGCAAAGGAGUAGGGAAUCCACCAUACAAAGCUCUCCGCAUCACUCGCGGGGAUGCGUUGAAGGGCGUCUUGGCCGCGAUUGAGCAGCAGAAGAACAUCACCAUCACCUGCGGGAAGCGCACUGUCAAGAUUGAUGAGACGGAGGAGAAGGUCACGCUACACUUUGAGGACGGAGAGUCGGUCAGUGGUGACUUGCUCAUGGGCUGUGAUGGCAUCCACUCCGUGACACGGCUCAAGCACGUCGAACCAGAACGCAAGGCCACCUACUCGGGCGUAUCCAAUGCAUUUGGUUUCGCCAAGGUAGAUCCAGACUUCAAAGUCCACUUUUCCUGCACCGCCAUCAACUUCGCCCGCAGAGGAAUGCUAUUGACGAGUUUCCACUCGCCCGCCACAGACUCCAUCUACGUGGGCGGGCUGAUGCAAGUCGAGGAUAUCGGCUCUCGAGAUGGCUGGAAGUCUGUUGGUGCAGAUGCCGAACGAACGCGAGCACAGCUGCUCGAGCGUUUUGCGGAUGCUCAGAUUCCUUCUAUCAAGCCGUUGAUUGAGCAAGCUAAAGACUUUUAUUUAUGGCCCGUCUUUACCCUUUCCAAGCAAGGGAAAUGGAGCACUAACCGCGUCAUGCUUCUCGGAGAUGCAGCUCACGCUAUGCCCCCUCAAGGCGAAAGCACCGGCAUCGUCUUCGAAGACACUGUCCUCUUCUCCCGCUGUCUCACGCGCUGGAUCGAAAAGGGCAAACCCAACACCAUGAAAGAGCCCUUUGAAGCCUACGAGAAGCUUCGCAGACCUCGCAUUGAUGUCGCUUUUGAAGAGUCCAAAACGGUCGUCAAGACCGUCUCGGACGCUGGGUGGUUGGGACACAAGAUCAAGACCUUUAUCGUGCCGUGGUAUCUCUGGUUCACGAAGAAUUACCGAGAAGCCCAUUUUAUCGAGGAUGUGACGAGAGCGGAUUUGGGGUAUGAUUGAUGCUGUGGCGCUCACACGUGGGGAAAGGUGGGAGUGGGGAUGCUGUCAGGGCUCAUUGGGGGGAGGUAUUGAACUUUUUCUAAUAAAUAAGAAUAUGUAGAUUCGUC